AUGUUACGUGAGAAUAGGCUUACUAUCUAUAGUAUUACUGUCGAGAACUUUAAGAGCUACAAAGGAAAACAUGUUAUUGGGCCAUUCUGUGCGGGGUUUAAUGCUAUUGUAGGUCCAAAUGGAUCGGGGAAGAGUAAUGUGAUUGAUGCGGUUCUGUUUGUGCUGGGAUUUAGAGCAAAGCGAUUACGACAUUCUAAAUCUGAAGAUUUAAUUCAUUCUGGGCCACCAUCUGCGGAGUUUGCUUCGGUUCAGAUUGAUUUUGCUUCGCCUAAUCUAAGUAUUAAGCGAGAAGUAACUAGCAAAGGUAAAAGCACUUAUACUUUGAAUGAUAAGACAGUUACUUUAGAAGUCUUAACAACCACUCUUAAGUCUUAUAGUCUUGAUUUAGUCAAUAAUCGGUUUAUGGUUCUGCAAGGUGAAAUAGAGAGUAUUGCCCAUAUGAAGCCUAAAGGUACACCAGAAACACCCGGGCUAGUUGAGUACUUAGAAGAGGCUAUUGGGACGACCUCUUACAUUGAAAGAAUUAAAGAGGCUGAAUUACGGCUUAAUGCCGUAGUGGAAGCCAAUAGUUUAGUUCAGGCUGAAGCUAAGUUUGCUGGCCGGGCCUUAGAACAUGCUGAAUCUCGUGCUGCUACCAGUCUCUUGGCCAUUACUAAGCACAAAUCCUACUUAAAACAGCACUUGGUUACAGCCAUACAAAUUGAAGCCCAAUCAGCUACUACCAUUCAAGCUGCUAGCGCACAGCUAGUCCAACUUAAUAGUGAAAUCCAAAACUUAACAGCCCAAGCUAAUCAAGCCCGCGAAAUAGCCGAACAAUCAGCGGCUGCCCAUGAAUUAGCCCAGAACAAAGCCCGAUUAGAAGAAACAGCUUACUUGUCUGCCAAACGGGCCUAUGAGACAGCAGACUUACAGUACCGUCGUAAAGUCAGCCGGCGCGAGAUGCAGCAACAAAAGAUCCAAAGCCUAACCACUGAACUAGCUACCCAGCAACGCCUGGCUAAAGAAGCCACCGCCCAAAUAGAGACGGCCAACUCUGAGAUAGCAGCUAACUUACUCCAAAUCAAAGCAGCCCAACAAGUAGUUGCCACUGCCAGCCAAGAAAUAGAAAAGGCUCGAGUACCCACUGAACUUUCCAAUACAUUAUCUGCUGCCGAACAGGACCUUUUAUCUGUUAUCACGCGAUUACAAGCUGCUCGAGAAAAGGCCCGAAAAAGAACCCGGGAAGUGGAGGCCAUGGAAGGCACCCAACAAAGAAGACAGGCCCGACUCCAAGAAAUUCCCCUAGCCAUUGAACAAGCCAAAUCCUCAGCCAAGUCCUUCAACGCGGAUAAGGCUAAACGCGCCCAGCAAAAACUCCAAGAAGUCCGAUCGGAUCGAGAAGCCACUUUAGCCGAGCUACAGCGCCGCCAAGUUGUCCUCCAGGACCUACAACGCGAUGCCGAAUCGGCGGCUGCAUCUGGUGCCCUAUCGUCUUUAUCUCGAAUCAAGGGAUUUCUGGGACGACUUAGAGAUCUAGGAUCGAUUCCUGAUAAGUAUGCUUUGGCACUAGGCGCCUCAGCCCGUGGAUCUCUCAACCAUUUAGUAGUUGAAACUACUAAGUCCGCCGAACUAGUUCUUGAUGCCCUGCGCAACCAAGGCCUUGGCCGACAUACUAUUAUUGUCCUGGAUAAGAUAGCACCUAUUCGGCCUCGUAAGGAUGGCGUUCGUUUAAUUGAUCAAAUUACUGCAGAGCCUAAAGUUCUUCCGGCCUUCUACUUUGUAAUUGGAGAGACCUUGCUGGUUAAAACUCCCGAAGAAGCCAUGAAACGGGCCUUUGCCCCAGAUAGGCCACGAGUAGUCAGUCUAUGCGGCCGGCUCAUUGACCGUAGUGGGCUAAUGAGUGGCGGAGCCGUUAGAAAGGCCGAGUUAAGUGGUUGUCGAGUCAAGAAGCCCCAAGGAUCUAUCCCAGAGGCCGAAGUGGCUGUAACUGAAGCCAAAGACGGCCUAGCUCUAGUCGAGGCAGCUCUAGAACGAGCAGAAGAAAGAGUAGCCACGUACCAAGCCGCUGAAAAAGCAGCUGCCGGUGCUCAAGCUCUAGUGGCCGAGUUAGAGAAGGAGCUAGACCGGCUUACUAAAGAACCCCAAACGAACCCUAAGCUCAGCCAGCAAGAUCUUAAAAAGGCCAUGAGUGAAGUGCUUGCUCUCGAAAAGGCCGAAGCCAAGGCCGAGCAGAAGCGAGCAGCCGCAGAAGCAGCCGUAUCUGCCUGUAUGGGAGCAGGCUACCGCGAGGCCGUGGCCCGAGCCGCUGGAGCUACCGCCCAAGCCACAGCCCUAGAAGAGCGCAAUACUAAACUAGCCCAAGAUAUGCCGCGUGUACCCGAUCUUAAGUCCAUUGAAGAAGCCCUUAACGCCGCCCAGACAACUAUUGAGCCCGAGCCUAUUCCAGCCGCCGAAGAAGAGAAGACUCUUGCCCGCACCGAACGAUCUAUGCGCGAAGCCCUGGAACAAGCAACUGCCACUGAGAAGGCCAAAAGACUAGCGGCCAAAGACCGCGAAGAGGCCGAUGCCGCCCUAGAAACCGCCGAAACUCAAAGAGUCACAGCACUAGAAAGUGAAGCCGAAGCCCAGAAACAACGCCAAAUGGCCAUCGAGAAGAAGAAGCGAAUUGAGGCCCGACUAAGUAUUUUACAAGAAAGACUGGGAACGUACUGGGAGAAUUUAGGAGCCCAACUAAAUGAAAACAAUCAAAAUCAAAACCAAAGUGCCGAGCAAAUCUUAAGUGAUAACGAAGAGAAUUGUGAGGGUAAUUCUAACGCAACUCGGUCUAAAAGAGGACAAGCAGCUGAAUUUACCGAAGAAGAACUGGCUAGCAAUGAUGCCGAGAUGGAAGGGCAUAUAAGAGCAUACUUAGAAUUUGAAACAGCCCGAGCUACGGCCGAAACUGCUGGUUCAGCUGCUGAGGCUAGUAAUAGAGCGGCGGAAAUAGCUAGUGCCGAAGUAAGUCAGCUUAAGGAAAAACGCGUCUCUGAGUUUCUACAGGGUUUGCAUCAAGUGAAUACUGAGUUGCGUACGAUUUAUAAUAGCUUGACCCUGGGUGGAACAGCCGAGCUCGAUCCCGUGGACUAUGCUGAUCCAUUUUCUGAAGGAGUGGCCAUGAGUGUUAUGCCGCCACGAAAGAGUUGGAAGCGAGUAUCACACCUAAGUGGUGGGGAGCGAACACUUUCUUCCCUAUCUUUAAUCUUUGCUUUACAUGCUCUGCGGCCUAGUAGUUUCUAUGUAAUGGAUGAGGUAGAUGCCGCGUUGGACUAUAAGAAUGUUGGCGUAGUGGGACGGUUCAUUGCUUCCCGAGCUAAUGACUGCCAGUUUCUGGUUGUGAGCUUAAGAGAAAACAUGUAUGAGUUGGCAAGCGCAUUUAUUGGUGUCUACCGGCCGGCAGAUACAACAUUAGCAAUUGCUGUAUCAGCCCAGAGUAUUGAAUCACGUGAUGAUGAUAUGAUAAAGGGGGCGGCUGAAUGA